CUUCCCCUGUCUCUCCCUCACACAUCCCCACCCCAAGCCCUGCCCACUUUCCGUAAUGCCCACAGCUGCUUCCAGUCCAGGCUGGGAAAUGGGUGCACAUCAAACAGGGGACUCAAGGGUACCUGUGGAGCGGAAAGGGCAAGGGAGGAGGACUGAGAGGGAAAAGUGGGAGCUGGAGACCUUAGAAUUGGGGAGGGGGAGGGGGCAUUGUCAAUUGCAGCUCAAGUGACUCAGGUCUUGUAUUUACACCUCAGCCAUUUCCGUCUCCCCCCAAAGCCACAGCCUCUCUGUGAGAGGAAGCUGGGGUUUGUGGUUCCUGUUUUGCUUGAGGACAAGGAGUAGGAGGGAUGAGGGGGCUGCUAAGCGCUCUGGCUUCUCAUUUCAGGGUCAUUAAUUCUUCCCUAAGAGGAAGAAGGGGCUGUACUGGUGACUCCAAUGACUAUUCCUUCACCUGUAGUCAUUCUUGCAAAACAACACUUGGCUAAGUUUUGUAUUGCGGUUAUUUACGUCUACCUCCCACCCUCCUCUGAGUUCCUCAAAGGCGGAGGUCAUGUAUGACCUGUUGCUGAAUUUCUAGAGCCCUGCAUGGGUAGUAGGUUCCCGUUUGUCUUUGGUUGAGUGAUCUGGGAAGCAAACCAAAGUGGGUACAUUUCAAACAGCCCUCUGAGGCCCUGGUGGUGAGAAAGAGCUGGGACAGGUGAGCACCAACUGCUGGAAGCUCACAGAAGAGAUCGGCAGGGGAAGGACGUGAUGAAGAAAAUUCAGGAUGCUGCUUUAUCACCUGGAGGAAGUUUUAAAGCAGUGGUUCCAGGGUUCCCUCGGUCUCUCUCUGUCCCACGCCCGGAAGCUGGGAAGGUCUAAGGCGAAGACAGGGAGAAGACCCGGAAGUGGGGCCGUCCUUCAAGCACGUGAUGAGGGAACACACCGGUGCUGUCACGUGACUCGCCGUUCCUGGGUGCUGAAUGUUUAGCUGCUCUUAAAGGGCCAACUCUGAACUCUCGCUGACUCUGGACCCUUCGGGGGACCUCAACUUGAUGCCAUGGGAGGCUGCGCGGGCUCGCGGCAGCGCCUUUCGGAUUCGGAGGGACCGUCAGGGCGCCCAUUGGAAGAACGCGGUGGGCUUCUGGCUCCUGGGCCUCUGCAACAACUUCUCUUAUGUGGUGAUGCUCAGUGCUGCCCACGACAUCCUUAGUCACCAGAGAGCACCUGGGAACCAGAGCCACGUGGACCCAGACCCAACACCCACCCCUCAUAACAGCACAUCUCGAUUUGACUGUAACUCUGUCUCCACGGCUGCGGUGCUCCUGGCAGACAUCCUUCCCACCCUCAUCAUCAAAUUGCUGGCUCCUCUUGGCCUCCAUCUGCUGCCCUACAGCCCCCGGGUUCUCACCAGUGGGAUCUGUGCCGCUGGAAGCUUCAUCUUGGUCGCCUUCUCUCAUUCGGUGGCAACCAGCCUGUGUGGUGUGGUCUUGGCUAGCAUCUCUUCAGGUCUGGGGGAGGUCACCUUCCUCUCCCUCACCUCCUUCUACCCCAGGACCGUGAUCUCCUGGUGGUCCUCGGGUACUGGGGGAGCCGGGCUACUGGGGGCAUUGUCCUACCUGGGCCUCACCCAGGCCGGCCUCUCCCCCCAGCACACCUUGCUGUCCAUGCUGGGUAUCCCCGCCCUGAUGCUAGCCAGCUAUUUCCUGUUGCUCACGUCUCCUGGGUCCCAGGACCCUGGAGGGGAAGAGGAGGCAGAGACAGCAGCCCGGCAGCCCCUGAUAAAUAGCGAGGCCCCCGAGUUGAAGCCAGGCUCCGGCUCACACCUGUCCCUUCAGGAAAGGUGGACUGUGUUCAAGGGCCUGCUGCAUUACAUCGUCCCCCUGGUGCUGGUUUACUUUGCUGAGUAUUUCAUCAACCAGGGCCUUUUUGAACUCCUCUUCUUCCGGAACACGUUCCUGAGUCAUGCUCAACAGUACCGCUGGUACCAGAUGCUAUACCAGGCUGGCGUCUUUGCCUCCCGCUCCUCUCUCCGCUGCUGUCACAUCCACCACACAUGGGCCCUGGCCUUGCUACAGUGCCUCAACCUGGCCUUCCUGCUGGCGGACGUGUGGCUGAGCUUCCUGCCCAGCAUCUACCUCGUCUUCCUGAUCAUUCUGUAUGAGGGGCUCCUGGGAGGAGCGGCCUACGUGAACACCUUUCACAAUAUUGCCCUGGAGACCAGUGAUGAGCAUCGGGAAUUUGCCAUGGCAACCGCCUGUAUCUCCGACACCUUGGGGAUCUCGCUCUCAGGGCUCCUGGCCCUGCCUCUGCACGACUUCCUCUGCCGCCUCUCCUGACCCUCUAGCUCCUUGGGACAUAGGACACAUUGACCUGGACCCACACUGACCAGUGGGCAGGUCGGACUGACCCGAGGCCCACAGCCCGGAGCCCAUGCAGGAGCUCUGCCCCCGAUCCUCUCUGCAUGGCUGGAAUGUGGGAAAGUGCUGAGGCCCUGUUCCCCUCUGAUGGAGGAGCAGCAGUUUUCUCCCAGUCCCAAGCUGGUUUGGGGAAUUUCUUGGUUUCAUGCCCUAAGAAUAAAUGCCUAUUUUAUCAAUUGA